AAAUCUGGGCGGCGAAAGCUCCACCGGACGACCCCACAUGUCGCGUUUGUUAUACGGCUCUCGGCGUCUGCCCACGCCGGAGGAGAAAUCUCGCUUUUAAACUCGUCUGGAAAUGUCCAACUCGCGAAAACUAUGGACGGGAUAUUCAUUUAACACCGCUUCAAGAGGUCUCGUGAAUCAAAUCCGAACCCAGCUCCCGUGUAAAAGGUGACAGCCACAAAUUCACCAGAGAACGUGAAGGACUUCCUUUAUCCCAAACCCAGGGAGCCACUUUCGCUCCUUGUCGCUGGAAUGGAACAACUCAUCGAGUCGCUGGAAAGGAAGUUGCAAAGACCCAUCCUGGCCAAGUCUCGCACCCUACCCAGCAUCCCUCAGUCCCCACGGGUGUCCAGGGUGCAUCACUCUGAUCUCAUUGGAGGAAGUCCUCCUCUGAGGAAGAACCCGCCGCCGGCUGCCGGCAACGCAAAAGCCUGCACGCUGCCACCUGCAGGCGAACUGUGGCGCUUGGAGGACGACAUGGAGGUUGAAGACGAGCCGGAGCGAGGGGAAGGCAGACCCCGCUCCCAGUCGCCCUUUUCUCACUUCCGGGCACGCGCCGCCUACCUCCGCAAAAGCAUCUCCGCCGAUAACCACCUGGACAUGAACUGCGACUACAGCUCAGGGAGCGCGGUGGAGGACAAGCCUGCCCGCAGCAGCAAGGCCAAGCUGAAACGGAAAUUUAGUCUGGGCUCGGUUGAUCGCAAGGAAAAUCAACACAAGAAGUCGGAGUCUGGAAUCUCGAAGUUUACCCAUCGUCUCUCCCUCAAAGAACGUCCGGCCAAAGUGGAAAAGCCCACGCCGGAGCGAGCGCAUUCCUACAGGCGACGCUCACUCAGUGUGGAUUGGGCCGAGUCCGCCAAGAUGACGCAGCCCAUGAGGGGGGACCAGGCCCACCAGCCGACCCCGGCCCGCAAGUCAGCCAGCUUGUCCUCGCCAAGCGCGGCUCGCCGCCUGUACCGCAACUUGUCUGGAAAGUUCCGCGUGAGCACCAACCCCUCCGCCUUGGAGGACGGCGCGGCGUCGGGCCGGGGAGGAGACAAGGAGCGGCAGCGCAAAACCGCCGUUUUCCAGAGCAAUGAAGCGCUCUUCGAGGCCGUGGAGCACCAGGAGUUGGACUUGGUGCAGCUGCUGCUCUCCCAGUACAGCUUGGAGGAGCUGGACCUCAACACCCCGAACAGCGAAGGCCUCCUGCCCCUCGACAUCGCCAUCAUGACCAACAACGUGCCCAUGGCCAAGCUGUUGCUCCGCGCCGGCGCGAAAGAAAGCCCCCACUUCGUGAGCUCGGAGGGCAGAGCAGUCCAUCUGGCCACCCUGGUGCAGGAGGCCGAGCAGCGCGUCGCCGAGCUCCAGACCCAGGUCGGCGGCGAGGGUCCCGGAGAGCGGGAGGCGUCGGACCGGGAGAGGCAGCUCAAGGCCUGGGAGUGGCGGCUGCGGCUCUUCGGACGCAUGCAGGCGGGCUUCGAGCACGCAAACCCUCCGGACGCUCCAAGCGCGGCGCGCUUGUCUGUCAGCGGCAGCACCGGUCUGACGGUGGAUUUCCAGGAACCUCAAUGCGUCAACUCGGCUGUGGUUACCAAAUACAAAGUGAGCUGGAGCUCCACACUGUCCUUCAGCUCUGUGCUGGGCGAGGUGAUGGUGGAGGACACGACCGUUCUGCAGUACAACAUCACUGGACUCACCUCUGGGACCCCCUACUACGUCCAGGUGUCAGCCUACAACAUGAAGGGUUGGGGGCCAGCGCUGGCUUCGACCCCCGCCUGCGCUGCUCCUUCCAAUUGGAGGGACGUCGACGGCCGGGCUCCCCGGCAAAGGGGCCAGAAGGAGGUCCUCGACCAGCUGCUUGCCCAAAUAAAAGAUGCCCAUCAGAGCUGCGUCUGCCACGAACAGUGCAAAGCGCCGGCGCAGGGCCGAAAACAUUCCGUCUCCAAAAGCCUGCGUCACCUCUUUCAACCCAACAGCAAGUUUGUCAAGAGCUUGAAAAGAGGACUUUAUCUGACUUCCAUCUUCUACCGAGAUGACAGCAUCCUGGUGACCCCCGAGGACCAGAUUCCCAUCGUGGAGGUUGAGGAUUCCUACCCCAGCUCCCUGAUGCAGGACUUCCUCUGGUUUACAAAGGUAUCCUACUUGUGGGAGGAGAUUCCCUGGCUCCAGCAGUGCCUCAACAAUCCCACGCAGUCCGCUUGUUCCUGCACCCUCCAAACGCGCUUCAAGAUGCUCCAAGCUGUCUCUCUUCUCCAAGGCAUGCUGGGAACGCAAGACCUGGGUCAGGUGUAUUUCGAGCCAAUCAAAGACAAGCACGGCAACGCCCUCCUGGUGCUCCUGAGGGACAUGAACGCGUCUCAGAACCUGGACGGCGUGCGUUGGAUGCAGCUCUGCAAACUGCAGCUGCAGCGCAAGUCCAUCUCGUCGCCCGAGGAGCCCACCGCCCUGGACACGCUCCUCAUCACGCUGCACGAGAAGCUUGCUUAUCACCGACGGAGCAGGAAGCUUUUGUCUCCCGGCUUGUACCUGGGAUAUUUGAAGCUGUGCACCUCCGUGGAGCAGAUCAGAGCGCUGGUGCCCCAGAAGCUCCCCAACGUCCUCUGUCACACCAAGAUACGAGACAACAGCAACGUCUCCAGGGAGGAGUGGCAAUGGCUGCAGGGCCUCAGCUCCCUGGAGGAGGCGAUGGAGACGGAGGCCGGCGCCCAGGGCGGCCCCCGCCCCCUCCUGCACGACCUGCGUAGCGCCAUCAAGGAUCUGAUCGCCCACAUCAACGUCCCCGGCAACCAGGCACAGGACUUCCGGAUAUAUACCCAGGAAGUGUUGGAAUUCGGCGACAAGGUGUCCUUCCUUCUCCUCCUGCCUCCCAGCGAUGAAGUGUGCACAGCUCCGGGUCAGAAUAAUCCCUACUCGCCCCGCUCGGGCUUCCUCACGCUGCCCCUGCAGAUCUUUGAACUGGUCCACUUUAACGCCUAUUGCCCCGGUUUCAUCGGCCAGUACUGCCGGGUGUCGGCCUUGCUGGAGCUGGAGUCGCUCAUGUCCCAGCAAGCCCUGAGGGAGGCGUUCUCCGAAGAAGAGCUCGCCGCUGCCAAGAAGAAGCACCAGCAGCUCCAAGAACUCGUUCAGCAAAUGGAGGAGGUGUGGCGUGAGGCCAGGUGGAUCAUGGACGCCUUGCAGUACGCCCGCUACAAGCAGCCGACGGGAGGCAUCGCCAUCAGCGGCUUGAUCGACCUCUCCAAGGACGUGACGCCGGACAAGCCGACCUCCACUUCCUCGCAGACUGAAUUCAUGCCCUCCCCUUUGCCCUCGCCGGAACCUUGCCGCAAGCACUCAGACUUUGCAGGCCUGUCGGACGAGGAAGGCUCCUCGGAGGUCUUCCUCACCACCGACAGCGACUACGACUCCAGUCGGGCCCAGAGCCCCCGCGAGCUGGACCUGCUGCCCCCGUCCCCGCUCUCCACCUCCGCGCCCCCGGAGCCCCGCGGCUUCCUCCGCAGCGACGGAAGCAGCUCCGGAGUCGGGAUCGGCAGAGGCGGACAAGGGGGAGGAGGCGGCGCCCUGAGGGACUCCACGCCCGACGUACUGCAGGCCUCGGAGCGGCAGCGAGGCCGGGAGCUCGGGCGGUGCGGCGGGGGCGUCUGCUGCGGGGCGGAGCGGCGGCGGGGGCCUCCCGAGCUUUUCGACAGCGACUUCAUCCUGCCGAGUCGGCAGAUUGAGCUGUUGCACAUCACCGAGAAGCGGCAGGCUUUCUGCGUGCGCACCAGUAGCCUGGAGUUCCCCUCGGCCAUGUCCGCCAACCACCAGUCGUACCCGCGCCACGCUUCUUCGCCGGCCACUUCGCCGCCGCAACGUUGGCACAGACCCUCGUCGGUGGACCGCUGCUGCUCAGCCGAAAGCGGCCCGCCGCAGAGCCGGCCCGCUCGGACGCUUUCGGAGGACAGCGGCACCCAGCAGCUCUCGUCCCCGCGGCCGCCCCACCACCGGAAAGGCUGCCACGCCACGCUCAGGGUGUACCCGCAGUACCGCACCGGCCUCCCCAAGGAGACCAGCGUCAAGCUUUGCGUGACCCCUGGCACGUCGGCGGGCGAGAUGGUCCAGCUGGUGGUGCAAGAGAUGAACCUGGUGUCUCGGCAAAUGCUCGGCGGCGGCGAACAGGACCAAGACGCCUUCUACGGCCCCGAACAGUUGAAGCACUUCGGCCUGGUGCUGGUGGUGGACGAGCGGGAAAAGUGGCUGCGGGACGACUUCUGCCCGCUGGAGCUGCAAAACCCCUGGCUGAGGGGUAAGUUGUGCGUGCGCAUGAAGGCCUACUCGCCCCUCGCCCUCAAACACGGGCGAGCCACCACCGUGUGACGCUUUUCCUUCAAAGACUGCGCUGUUAUUUAAAGCGAUUUUUUUCCUCCGGAGGAAAAAAAAUGAAAAAAACCCUUGAAUAUCCCGAGCUUUGAAAAACAAUACAGGCUUCCGUCGAAAAACUUAAAUCCUUGCCGGCUCGGUCCCCCGACCAUCCGGCGUCGAGUCGGCACACUGUAGCUCCAACGUUGGAUCUUGUAAAAAAAAAAAAAAAAAAAUGUCAAACCAGCAGAUUUGCAGUUUAUAAACAAGCAAUACUUUUUAUUUUCAACAAAGCAUCUUCCAAAAAAAAAAUGUGCCGAGCGCAUCUUUUCAUGUACUCUACUCAGUGUUUUUGCUGUUUUGGUAUUACCCACAAUGCACCAGGAGGCGGUGCCAUGACUUCCUCGCCAGGGAUUUGAAAGGUGCUUUUCUUUUAAGAGGAGCAACAGAAAAAAAAAUGAACUAUUUCUGGGACAAACCACAAAAAAAAAAAGCUCCUGACAUUCUCCACAUUCCGUUCAAGAAAAAAAAAAUGUUUACACCUCUCGCUUGGAUUUCAUUUUUACGGACAGAUUUUUGUCAAGAAGAGGCUUUUUUUUUUUUUUUUUUUGUUCUUUUUUCCUCGACGGUAAUCGCAAAAUCAUUGUAGCAGGAGGCGCCGGUUACCAUGACAACCUCUGCUUGUUCUGCUUGAGGAAAGUGUUUACAAAUUUUACUACAUGGACAAAAAGUUGUGGUUAUGUGCUUUUACUGUAUGUAAAAAAAAAGAAAAAAAUUGUUGGAAAUUGUGUUUUAGGUUUUAAAACUGGCUUAUUUUCCGUGCGUGAGCGCUGAGCUUCUUUUACGUUGUUCCAAGUGUUAUUGUCGUUUCUUUUGAGAGUUGAUUGCAAAAAAAAAAAAAAAAAAAAAAAAGUAAUAAUGUGGACAACCGUGUAAAUAGACGGAGCAGAGCAGGUGUUGAAUGUACAUUAGAGACGCGCAGAUGGUCCGGGGGGG